AUGGUCUCAUGGAAUACGAUCAUUGCAGCUUACAGAAGACAUGGGUGUCCUCACGAGGCAGUCACACUGUUUCACCAUAUGCAACAAACAGGUCUCCAACCUGAUCGGAUUACGUUUGCCAGCGUACUCCCAGCCUGUGCCACGAUAGGAGCUUUGAAACAGGGUUUACUAGAUGAGGGAUGUACCUAUUUCAAUCACAUGAGUAACGCUUACUGCAUUACACCUACUGUUUUUCAUUAUGUGUGCAUGGUUGACAUUAUUGCCCGUGCUGGCUAUCUUGAGGACACCCUAAACUUUAUCAUUAAAAUGCCAGUUAAACCUGUGGUGGUUGUAUGGAUGAGUUUUCUUGGCGCCUGUAGAUCACAUAUGAAUAUAGGCUUAGGAGUGUUUACAUCGACGCUGCUUUUUGAUUUGGAUCCUAAAAAUGCUGCAACUUAUGUUCUUCUAUCAAACAUGUAUGCAGAAGUGGGCAGGUGGGGAGAGGUUCAAAUGACAGAUCUGUUCCACAGACAGGAGAUAGUUGCAAAGUUGGAGAAUUUUGCUUGGGAGAUGAAGGCAGUAGAGUAUUUUCCAGAUUCAAGACCUUUACUUAAAUCUCUGGAAGAGAAGGAAAUUUAA